AUGCAUUAUAUUGAAAUAAAUAUUUUUGUAGAAAAAGCAUUAACAAGCUUCAGCAAAAUUGAUGAAAGUGAAGAUACUGAAACAUCAGAAGCUGAUGGAAAAGAAGCAUCGAAACCGGGCACAAAUGAUGAAAGUGAUGAUGUUCAAACGAUAGAAUCUGCUAAAAAUGCACCAAGACCAUCACGUACAACCAGUGAAAGUGAAGAUACUGAAACAGUCGGGACUCUUGGAAAAGCACUAAUAAGAUCAAGCAAAACUGGUGAAAGUGAAGAUGUUGAAACAGUCGAAGAUGCUGAAGAAGCACCAACAGCAUCAAGAACAACAAGUGAAAGUGAAAAUGCUGAAACGGUCGAGGCCGCUGAAACAGUACCAUCAAGUAGAACUCUGCAAACAGAAGAAACUGAUGGCGAUAUUGCUGUUGGUGAUGGCACUUCAAUACCUGAUGUAGCUGUAGAAAAAGAAGUGCAAGAAUUUCCAACUAAAGAAACUGGAUAUAAACAUAAUAUGACAAAUUCGAAUAAUAAUAAUGGUAAUUUAUAUGGAACAUUAUAG